GUGCGCGCGUGUGUGCGCGAGUGUGUGUGAGCGAGUGAGUGUGUGCGCGGGGGUGCGCGCGCGGGCGGGAGUGGGCGCGCGCGGGGAAAGGCCCGAAAACACCUUAGUUUGCACCGAGAGACCAUUUGCAGCGGAACCCGAAAGUUUGCAAGAGGAAGAGAGCGCGCGGCGAGCAAGCGGGCAAGGGGCAGCGGCAGUGGCGCCGGGGACCAUGGUGCUGCCGGCGCCUCCUCCGCGGGCGUGAAGGCGGUGCUCCCACUGCCUCCCCGGACUCCGCGGUGUCCCAGGAGCUUUUGCUGACAAUUCCAGUUUCCAAACGAAACAUUUGGGCCAUGGUGAGGGCUUCGAUCCCCUCUCAGAUUUGCUGUCAACCAUGAACGGGUGGAUGUGAUGCCUGCUGGCCAAAAGGUCUGGUGAGGAAGUGGAGGAGCAUAACCGUCUGCAGAAGAACUGCGUCUUUCAACUGGACUGUAUUGGUGCCCCCAAGAGGAGUGUCCCUCUGUGUGUUGCAGUCCUGUGGCAUUAUGCAUGCCCCCAACCAGUGACCCCUCAGGCUUUUUAUGGCUGUGAAACACGUUAAAAGUUCAGGGGUAAGAAGUGACCUUUUGAGGUGACUAUAACUGAAGAUUGCUUUACAGAAGCCAAAAAAGGUUUUUGAGUCAUGAUGCAAGAAUCUGGGACUGAGACAAAAAGUAACGGUUCAGCCAUCCAGAAUGGGUCGAGCGGCGGCAACCACUUGUUAGAGUGCGGCAGCCUCCGGGAAGGGCGGUCCAACGGAGAGGCGCCGGCCGUGGACGUGGGGGCGGCCGACCUUGCCCACGUGCAGCAGCAGCAGGCACUUCAAGUGGCAAGACAGCUCCUUCUUCAGCAGCAACAGCAGCAGCAAGUUAGUGGAUUAAAAUCUCCCAAGAGGAAUGACAAACAACCAGCCCUUCAGGUUCCCGUGUCAGUGGCUAUGAUGACACCUCAAGUUAUCACUCCCCAGCAAAUGCAGCAGAUCCUCCAGCAACAAGUGCUGAGCCCUCAGCAGCUCCAGGUUCUCCUCCAGCAGCAGCAGGCCCUCAUGCUUCAACAGCAGCAGCUUCAAGAGUUCUAUAAAAAACAACAGGAACAGUUGCAGCUUCAACUUUUACAACAACAACAUGCUGGAAAACAGCCUAAAGAGCAACAGCAGGUGGCUACCCAGCAGUUGGCUUUUCAACAGCAGCUUUUACAGAUGCAACAGUUACAGCAGCAGCACCUCCUGUCUUUGCAGCGCCAAGGCCUUCUAACAAUUCAGCCGGGGCAGCCUGCCCUUCCCCUCCAACCCCUUGCUCAAGGCAUGAUUCCAGCAGAACUGCAGCAGCUCUGGAAAGAAGUGACAAGUGCUCAUACUGCGGAAGAAACCACAGGCAACAAUCAUAGCAGUUUGGACCUGACCACAACAUGUGUCUCUUCCUCUGCCCCUUCCAAGACCUCCUUAAUAAUGAACCCACAUGCCUCUACCAACGGACAGCUCUCAGUCCACACUCCCAAAAGGGAAAGUUUGUCCCACGAGGAGCAUUCCCAUAGCCAUCCUCUCUAUGGACAUGGUGUGUGCAAGUGGCCAGGCUGUGAAGCAGUGUGUGAAGACUUCCAGUCAUUUCUAAAACAUCUCAACAGCGAGCAUGCGCUGGACGAUAGAAGUACAGCUCAAUGUAGAGUACAAAUGCAGGUUGUACAGCAGUUAGAGCUACAGCUUGCAAAAGACAAAGAGCGUCUGCAAGCCAUGAUGACCCACCUGCAUGUGAAGUCUACAGAACCCAAAGCCGCCCCUCAGCCCCUGAAUCUGGUAUCAAGUGUCACACUCUCCAAGUCCGCAUCAGAGGCUUCUCCACAGAGCUUACCUCAUACGCCAACGACCCCAACCGCCCCCAUCACUCCUGUCACCCAAGGCCCCUCCGUCAUCACCACCACCAGCAUGCACACGGUGGGACCCAUCCGCAGGCGGUACUCAGACAAAUACAACGUGCCCAUUUCUUCAGCAGAUAUUGCGCAGAACCAAGAAUUUUAUAAGAACGCGGAAGUUAGACCACCAUUUACAUAUGCAUCUUUAAUUAGGCAGGCCAUUCUCGAAUCUCCAGAAAAGCAGCUAACACUAAAUGAAAUCUAUAACUGGUUCACACGAAUGUUUGCUUACUUCCGACGCAAUGCAGCCACGUGGAAGAAUGCAGUGCGUCAUAAUCUUAGUCUUCACAAGUGUUUUGUGCGAGUAGAAAACGUUAAAGGGGCAGUAUGGACAGUGGAUGAAGUAGAAUUCCAAAAGCGAAGGCCACAAAAGAUCAGUGGUAAUCCUUCCCUUAUUAAAAACAUGCAGAGCAGCCACGCCUACUGCACACCUCUCAAUGCAGCUUUACAGGCUUCGAUGGCUGAGAAUAGUAUACCUCUAUACACUACCGCUUCCAUGGGAAAUCCCACUCUGGGCAACUUAGCCAGCGCGAUACGGGAAGAGCUGAACGGGGCGAUGGAGCAUACCAACAGCAACGAGAGCGACAGCAGUCCGGGCAGAUCCCCUAUGCAAGCCGUGCAUCCUGUACAUGUCAAAGAAGAGCCCCUCGAUCCAGAGGAAGCUGAAGGGCCUCUAUCCUUAGUGACAACAGCCAACCACAGUCCAGAUUUUGACCACGACAGAGAUUACGAAGACGAACCAGUAAACGAGGACAUGGAGUGAACAUCUGGGCGGGCCAACCCCAAGAAUGAAGAUUGGGAAACAAAACAAAACAAAACAUGUCAAAAGUCAGCAGUGAAAUUGUUCUCCAUUUGUUGUACAGUCUGGAGGAUUUUCACUACAUUUUGACAACUCUGAAAUGUGUUAACUCUUAGUGCCAUCAAGAAUCCCAUUUGGGAGUAUUUUUGAUUUUUCUACUUUUUGUUGAAAAAAGGAAUUUGUACUCUGUGCAUUGGAUGGACUUGUUUGGUACUUGGGAUUUUCCUCUCUUAACAGUCAACAUCAGUGUUGUAAAUUUGCUAAACUGAUUCACUUUUAGCAGCAGACUUUGAACUGCAGUCCUGCCAACGUUGGACACUGAGGACACCCAACUGAGCAUGUGCACCUAAGCUGCAGACCAAGCCUCUGCCCAGAAUUUAAGGAUUCCAAUGGACGACCUAUUUGCACAGUACUGCAUGUUGAUUAUCACUGCCUUUACUCCAUUUUUUUGGGUUUUUUUUGCUUCCAGUUGGGAUUGGGAAGGCCUUUGUGUGUGUAUUGGGGGGAGGGGUUAAAAAAUAAUUAUCCCAAACUUUUUAAUGUAUUGCUUUUUUUUUUUUUUUUUUUUUGCUUCUACUAUACCAUUUUAAGUUCUGACCUCAGGCCUCCAUUUGGGCCCAGGGCCUCUUGGAGGCUUAAAGUUUUCUGUACCUUGUGAUGAAUGUUAAUAGGUGUUUUUAUUAUACAAAGCUGAAUGUCAUUUCUCGUUUGUAGUUUUCUGUCACUCAUUCCAUUUUCCUUCAGACAUCACCACGUUUUCUCUAAAGUCAGAAAACAUUCCGUUUUGGUCUUUUUCAAAAAGGUCCCAAAUGCUGCACUCUACACAUGAAGGUCCUCUCACACAGACGUGAAUCCUGCCAGAAAGAGAAUGAAUGACAGAAAAAAAAAUAGAGACACUCUAGAAACGAUGCAGAUUCAUUCCACGAAGCAGUAUUGGAGGUGGGAAGGGGUUGUGUCAGAUUUUCCUUUUUUUUUUUUUUUUUUUUUUUUGCGCAGCUACCAUCAUUCCUAAUAAAUGCCACAGCACAAACCAACAUAGGCAGCACCGCUCCAAAGAAGCCUCGUCCUAGACUGACAGUGUGGCUGUGGAAGGCUCUCCCUGGUAGAUCCACGUUGCAGUGGGUCGCAGGCUCUCUGUUGUUAAAACCAGCAUGAGUUGCAAAAUGGUCCAAAAGCGGCUUCCCUGAGCAACUUUGCUGAAAGUACUGGUGGUGCUGAAUUUAAACAUCAGUUCAGACCUGCUUGGUGGCAUUAAUCUGUCUGAAUGCAAAUUAGAUUUCAGAUUGAACUUGUUGUGGGAGUAAUGAGGACUGAGUUCAGCAAAUGCUAAGGUGUUCAUUUCAGAUGUGCAAAUUUGGUCCUGCAGUUCAGUUUGUUAUGCAAUGUUAUCCCACCAAAUCCCAGAUUCAAAAACUCAGAGAAGGCAUCAAGUAGACCUAGAGGGUGCGUCUCAGCCCUGGACUUUUUGGGAAUCGAUACAGCGUGCGUAACAUGACGGUCAUCGGUCAGUACAACCUCAGUCCUUAGAACCCCCGAACACUUCCACUCUGCACCCACUUCCCUGUCACUCAUUUAUUUAUCUAGGACUGUAGCUUUUGGUUUGUUUUAGUUUGAUAGCCUUUUGGAGCUUAAUUUAUAUUCUUUGUACCUUUUUUUCCUAAAAUUACCAAAGAUAUUACACAAAGGUAAAUUAUGUUCUCUGUUUUAUGCUUUAUCUGAUGAAGCCAAAUAUCCUCUUAUUGUUGAUCAAAGGAGGCGAAAGAAUUUAGAGGCAAUUGAUGAGAUAGAGGCUAUUGCUAACCUGAGAGAACUGCUCCUUCAUCCUAGAGUACAUUUAGAAGACCAAGUAGGUAAUGGAACCAAAGUUCUUACUUUUUUUUGGUUUUUUUUUUUUUCUUCUGUACCUCUACGGAGACCAAAACUCAUUCUUGUAAAGAGAAAUUAUGAGGCUACUGAAGAUAAAAAUAGGACACAGUAUUAAAGGGGAGAAAGAAGGAAGGGAGUCCCAUCUCAAAGAGAAAAGUGAAUGUAUGCCACUGAAAAUUAGGGGGUGUCCAAGAAAGGAGACAGUUAAAAUCAAAUUCAGAGAGAACAGAAAAGCUUCCACAAUUGAACAAGACCACAUAAUAGUAUUUCUAGAAGACAUUUCUUUUAAAGAAAGAUUGUAUGCCACUUUUGUUUAAGGACUGUGCUAUGAUCGCUGCGUUCAUUUUGGUUUAUCUUGGCAUAGAUCCUUCGUUUUUUUUUCUUUUGCUUUAAAAAUUUUCUCCUUUUUCUUUGCUUUUUUCUGAUUAGGCUUGGGUGAGUAUUUUUCGUUUUAAAAAAAGUAACACUCCCGUCCACUCAUAAGCUUGGUACAAAAACGUCUUUGGCAGUUAGUUACUUUUGAAGCUUCACUCUGCUUUCUGUAUAAAGGGCAGUCUGUGGUCACUCGAGACUUUUUUUUCACUUUUCCAGGCAGCUUCGUGAUGCGCAGGCAGUAGCCAGACAGGGUCAUGGGAAGGGGCCCUGCGCUUCUAAACUGAGUGGUUGCUGGUUAGUUUGGUAUUCAAAAGAGGAUAAAAAUCUGGUAGAUUAGUUCAUUCUCAGCAUGUGUAGCUAGACAUGAGUAAAGAUAACAGCAUGAGAAACUGUUAGUACGCAUACCUCAGUUCAAACCUUUAGGGAAUGAUUAAAAUUAAAAAAAAAAAUACAUUUCACUCAGUUGCACUUAGUCGUAUGUCUUGCAUGCUUAGUCUAAAGACUGUAGCAAAAAGAAAAAAAAAGAAAAAUCAGAUUUUACAUAUCUUUGCAGGUAUCACAGCCUUGCAGAAGAACCAACUGAAAAAAAAAUUCUCAGGCUUUACAGCAAGCAAACUUCACUAUGAUUUUUACAAUUCUGAUUCUGUAUCCCUUGGGGGUAUUCCAGUUGCUUCUUUAGGAUGGGGUUUAUUAUGUUGUACAUAUAUCCCGAUGUGUCUGUGUGAAUCUUUGUCUUUUUUGGGGGAGGGCAGAGGGCGGUUCUUUUUUUAGAUAUUGUUCCUAAAAAGGAAUAAAUGCAUACACCUGUUUGUCAAAACACCUUUGCUUUUUUUGUGCAACUGCUUUAUAUUAACGAUACUAAAAAAGAAAAUAGCUUUGGAAAAAAAAAACUACUGUAUGUAUUGGAAUUGCAGAAUAUGCUGCACAUGUAUUUUAUUUAGUUAUUCUUGCUUUAAGAAUAUUGGAUGACAUUUCCUGACAUGUGGGAGGGAGAAACUCCUUAACCUUUUUUUUUUUUUUUGGCUUUUAAAUUGUAACAUAGUUGACAGAUUUUUUUUUUUUUUUCCUGUUCUCAUUGAUCGGAGCAUUUUGUACAGGUUUUUUGUGUGUGUGCGUGCGCGUGUGUGUUAAUCUGUUUUUGAUACAUUCCUAUCCCUUGUGUUUAUCCUACCACUGCCUUCCUGGCUAUCUUAAACAAGUUCAUACGUUUGAAAAGAGAAAAAAAAAAAUGUUGUUUUAAAAAAUGUUUUCUCCUGCUGCAGUAAAUAUUUUGCAUGAUGAAAUUCCAGGGUCACACUUUCAAAGUUUAUCAGUGAAGUAGUGAUUAAUAAUGGAGAGUGUCAAAGCUAUUGAACUUUUUGUAUAAAAAAAAAAAAGAAAACUUUACAAGGUGCCAAGAUGUAAAGACAAUUUGUUACUCUUUCUUUUUUUCCUUUUUGUCAAAGAAAAGCGUACAUUAGGGAGAUAGUCCCUUGUAUCAGGCAAAUGCGCUAUCAGGAAUGAGGAUCCAUCCUUCGUCCUUGUCCCUAGAGCCUGUCCUUGAAAGACGAGUUACGCUGCCCGCGUUGAACCAGCAGUGAAAUGAAAUCUCAAGGCUUCUGUACAUGAAGAGUGACCGCCAGCCCUGCCACCUUCGGACGGCUCUAACGUAUUCCCAGCAUCCUGUCAGACCUGGUAAAGAACACCUUGGAUUCCUAACCCAAAAUACGGUGUAAAUCACUAGCUAUUUUAUCAUGAAAAAGAAAAGUUAAGAAACAUUUCCUCUCCUUUCCACAUUCCAGCUGAGCUCCGUUUCCAAGGGUACAAAGAAGAACAUGCUUAUAAGGAUUUUUGAAUCUUUUUGGUACCUUUUGGUUAAUGGUUAUACCCUCUUGAUAUUUUGGAUGUUUUUGAGAUUCGGUUUCACUUUUUUAUCCUGAGAAUGAGACUGACAAUUCUAGAGGCAUUUUGUGGGCCCAGUGUAGUUCACGUGAUCUCUGCUAUCAGGAAGCCUUGGAGAUGGUACAGUCCGGACUGGGAGCUUGGUGCUUCAUGGAUAUGUGCUGCCAGUAACAAGAAUUUUUUUUUGUUUUGUUUUGUUUUGAUAAGGCAUAAAAGAAACUCAUUCCUUGACAUCAACUGUAAUUCCAUCAUUCCGUGUCUGUGGAUACAGACAAUAAAAAAAAAAAAUGUUGUGUAGUCAGUACUAAUUACUGACAUGAUAGCAUUCUCAAAUGCAAUAAAAAUGCUGGUUGUUCACACUGGUA